AUGCCUGGAAAGGUCGUGUCAUCUCGAAAGGAGAUCAGCGAUGAGGAGGCUCGCCCCGAUCCAAAUGCGAAGAGCUUCUACGCUUACUCGGUGGUCAACUGGAUAUACCACUUUCUCAAGGUUAAGAACCGUAGCGAGGAUCUUGUCGACAGGUUGGAGUCAUUUUUGAGAGAUGACGAUGCAUUCAACGACUGGAACUAUGACGCGUUGGAAAGCAUCGAGCGAAAAGAGUAUUUCUCAUCAGUGACCGACUUCGAAAAUCCGUGUCUGAAUGGACACAAAGCCACGCAGACGUUUGUGAUAGCAAAGCUUGGUCUGAUUGAUGCUUUCGAGGAGCACUCUGAUCUUGACUGGAAUUAUAACAAUAUCAGAGGCGAAGCACCUAUUCAUGUAGCUGCAUUUGCUGGCAACCUCGAGAUUGUCAAGAAGCUUAUAGAUGAGAAAGAGAUGAACGUCAAUCAUCAGGGUGAUACCACGUUUGGCCCACUUUUGGCUGCGUGCGUCAAUGGACACAAAGAUGUUGUGGAGUAUUUACUCUCUUUGGACGGUGUUGAAGUCAACUGUCGAAGUGACUUCGGCAAGACACCUCUGAUUGCUGCAGCCAAAGCUGGCAACCUUGAUUUAUGUCGACUACUCCUGGAAAAGGGGGGUGCUCUUGUGAAUUUCCAAGCACUGAAUGACGACACUGCGUUAAUCAUUGCAGCAGAAUAUGGCAGAUUGCCGACCGUCCAGGCUCUCUUGAAAUGCGGCGCCGACGUGGAUACCAUUGGUGGCUACGGGCAUACUGCGCUGCUUUCAGCCGCGAUGUCCCGAGAGGGUCAAUUCCAGGAGGUUAUCAAGCUUUUACUACGUGCGGAAGCAAAUGUCGAUGCUCAGGACUUUGAUGGAAAGACGGCUCUUCAUACAGCAGCACAGGCUGGUGAUCUUGAUUUGGUACGGCUGCUCAUCUCGAGAAAGGCAAAGAUCAACGUCAAGAAUAAUGAAGGCAGAUCUGCCUUAGACUUCGCUUGUCGACAGAACCACUUGAAGGUCGUACAAUACCUUCUUCAGCAUGCGGCAAUUUGUGAACCAGACGCCUCUGGUAGGACGGAGCUUCACGAAAUCGUUGGCGGAGACGGAAAAUGUGAUGCCAACACCAUCAAGCUGUUUGUUUCGAGAGGUGUCAAUAUCAAUGCCACAGACAAUGACGGCGUUAGUAAGUUUUUGCCCGGACGCUGUUCUCGCGAAGAUUGCUCACAUGAUCACCAGGUGCUCUUCACCUUGCUGCCAAACGGGGUGAUCAAGCCAUCCUCAGAGCCCUUGUCGAUGCUGGAGCCGUUGUCGAUAUCAAAAGUGCUGCUGGCCAGACGCUUCUCCACGAAGCAGCCAGAGGAGGGUCUGCUGAUGUCGUCCGGCAAAUACUAG